AAGGAAAACCCUAAUUCUCCUCCUUCGAAACACCAAAUCGAGCCAGCCGCUCUAGCUGCUACUGCAGGAGUUGUUUCUUCUAGGGAAGGAAAUCCAUUUCUUCCGAAGAAGAAGAGAAGGAAACGACUUCUGCAGUAGCAAUAUUAUUAUUAUUAUUAUUAUAUAAAUAAAAUAAAAUCAAAAUCAAAAUGGCUGGCUCUGUAUCUAAUGCUAAGGUGGUUGUCGGUUCUGUUAUGAAUGGUCUCUUUCUCUCCAUGUCCAGGAGGGGUUACGCUGCUGCGCCGAUGUCGGCAAGUCUUGGUAGGGGAGGGUCCAGGGUUUGUAUGGUGGGGAAAGCAGAAGAGAGUUGUGUGAUCAAGGAAGACUCUGGGGCCUCCAUUGCCUGGGCUCCAGAUCCGAUCACUGGAUACUAUAGACCUGCCAAUCAUGCGGCUGAGAUUGAUCCAGCUGAGCUUAGAGAAACGCUGCUGAACCACCGGGGCAAACCACAGUAAAGAAGGCCCGUUGGGUGCUCAUCAAGCCCAAGCCCAAGCCCAAGCCCAAACCGUUUCAUAGCAUCAUAGUUACCUUGACUAUAUCACAGUCUCAUAUGAUCUCUCUUUAGUUUUCUUUCAUCUGAAAAAAUAAUGAACUAUUUUACAUAUACAAAUUUGAUUUUUCUUGCCCUUAUUUCAUUGUUCUUAUUGGUUUUUGAGAGGGCGGAAUCAAAUCUGCCCCAUAUCUCCAUGAAGAAUUAGACCAUCCAUGCCGGGUUAA